UGCCAAUCCUGUAGGUGGCGAUGAUUGCGUUUCUUUCUGUACAGUCAUAGCACAGAAGAAGAAUGGCCUCUGUAUGAGAGUGAGAUUUGCUACAUUGUUUGAAAUCUUUAGGAGCUCUUUAGUUUAUACGAUUUUGUUAGCAAGUAGCGGUCUUUAUUUAGCAAAUUCAGACUGACCGAGCGGCUACGAUGAGGAUUUAUAAUUCUUUACUCAGUGCUGCCAAGUUUAGGAAAGUGCUUGACUUUGGUGAGCGAGAGGUGGCGCAUUGGUUCCCUGGACAUAUGGCUAAAGGACUCAAGCAGAUGAGAGCCAGUCUAAGGAAGGUUGAUUGCAUUAUAGAGAUCCAUGAUGCUAGAAUACCCUUUUCUGGAAGAAAUCCUUCAUUUCAAGAGAGCCUUGAUGUCCGGCCACACAUACUUGUACUGAACAAGAUGGAUCUGGCAGACACGUCAAAAAAGCAGAGUAUUCUGAAGCAGCUCGAGAGAGAAGGUGUGAGGAAUGUUUUGUUUACAGACUGUUUAAGACAACGAGAUGAGAAUGUAAAAAAGAUUGUUCCUCUUGUGACAGAAUUGAUAGAAAGUGGGUCACGUUUUCACAGAGAAGAGGACAGAAGUUACUGUCUGAUGGUCAUUGGUGUGCCAAAUGUGGGGAAAUCAUCAUUGAUUAAUGCAAUAAGGAGAACAUAUUUGAAAAAAGGCAACGCUUCAAAAGUAGGAGGUGAACCAGGAAUUACAAAAGCUGUCCUGACCAAAAUUCAGGUCUGUGAGAGACCCAUAAUUCAUUUACUGGACACCCCAGGAGUCCUGCCACCUAGAAUAGAGAACAUAGAGACAGGAAUGAAACUUGCUUUAUGUGGUACCAUUUUGGACCAUUUAGUUGGUGAGGAUGGCAUUGCAGAUUAUCUGCUUUUUUCACUGAACAGACUGGAAAGAUUUAGUUACAUUGAAAAGUACAAUCUUGAAGAGCCUUGUGAUGAUAUUCAACAUGUGCUGAAGAGUAUAGCGGUGAACCUCGGCAAGACCAAGCGUGUGAAGGCCAUCACUGGAGUUGGCAACAUCACCGUCCAGUUACCAGACUACAGUGCAGCAGCCUACAAUUUCAUCAGAGCAUUUCGGAAAGGAGAACUUGGAAAAGUUAUGCUUGACUGAUAGUGUUUUAAAUGGCUGAUUUGUAACUGAUGCAAUGAAAGCUUGACCUUACUGUAUGUAUGCUCAAGACUGGACACUGAGCACAUAAGAGAAGCACUUCGUACUUUUAAUGUUUUAAUUAAAAGGUGGUGCACAGGGUAUUUGGGGCAUGUCUUUGUUUUUAUUGUGUAGCUGUCAGAAAAGGUGCAUUGAAUAUUAUUUCUCAAUACUGCAAUUGCAACUACAAUAAAUUAUUCAGUUUAAUUUGAUACGCAUUGGUGUCUUGUAUGUGAAAACCAAAGAUUACAACCAAAAGUCAAAUGGCAGCACUAAACUACAUAUAACAUUUUGAUUUUCUACUUUCACAUAAUUACAUAAUCAGUUUUUUUUCCCCACAAUUAAUGUAUUCAUUUUAUAAAAUAUUUGGCAUGUAAUUGCUUUGAUUUCUAAAAUUAUAAAUUGUUAAAUAUAUCUAACAGCUGGCAAACAGAGCUUGUGUAGUGUUUUUAUUUAAAAAAAAAAAAAUAUUAAUUUCUUACGAGUUUUUAAACACGUGUGCACUUAAUACAUACUGCAUUCACAUUGUUUUGUGGGUUAUCAAAAAAUCUCUACUUGAAAGACAAAAUUGUUUCAAUACAUCAAAUGUUCAAAGCAUGACUAAGGUAGAAAUUUAAAAACGGGAUGUUUACAUACCCACAUCAAUGGAAGUACAGGUACAGAAUUAAGUUUUCUUAUUCUAAAAGUGUUACAGCAUGUCUUUUCAAUCUAUGUACAAUUAUUAGUUAAAUGUGCACAUAAAUAUUAUUAAACAGACAGAGGUUAAUAUAAAAAGGUUCACGUUUGUGUAAAUCUCAAGAACAAUGGUGAUUCACCAACAGUGCAGCAGCACAACAACACAGUAUUUUUACCAUCCAGUACAUGAUGUAACCAGCAUAAUUUAAGUAGUCUAUCAUUGUAUAGAUACUAAUGCUCCUGUUGAAGCAAACUAUGCAGUCUAACCUUUCAGAUCCUAUUCUUAAAAUGUCUACUAAACUAAAUAGAGGUUUUGAAUCUUUCUUUUAUCUUCAUAUCCUCUUUGUUGUGCAAUAAAGUAUACAUUAUUAAACAGGUGUUGCACAGUAACAUACAUAUGCAGCUUAUUAAGCUGUGCCGAACUGUCUUGAACUGCCUC